GAAGAGUGAGAUUUGGGAUCACAGUAAAAUCAGUCGACAGUAGCUGCUUGCUUCUCUCAUCCGAAUCCGUUUAGAGAUCGAAAGGAGGUUUUGAUUAUUCGUCUUUUGAUGGCGAAGGAGCAACACUUGCGGCCUUGGUUUCUGGAUCUCGUACCGGCUUUGGUUAUCUUGCUCGCCGCAGCUCAUGUCAUCGCCUUGGGUUACUGGAUUUACAGAUUGGCAACUGAUCGUCGCGCUCAGAGUCAGAGAGGCAAAUUUCACUGAGGAAAAGAGUAGGUUCGUAAGCUGCAUAGUUUUGCUUCCGAUCUGGUGUUUUGUGAUCGUUUGAUUUUGUAGCUUAUGAUUGUCGUUAGGUGGAUCAUAUCUUGUUAACUAGUUCGUUCAUCACCUAUGUUUGUAGCUUCGACUUUUUAUUCAAUUUGCUUUUUUUGGAUUGUUCUAAAUAGAUUUUGUAACACUUCUCAACGUUCUUUUCAUUACCCUGUUAUACUUUGGUGUAUAUAACCAGUAAAAUUUGAAACGAUGGUUUAAUUUGACUUC